CAAUUUUUAUGGUCACUCGUCGUCUCAUCGGAGCGCAGUACAGCAGUUGAGUACAGUCUUAACGGCAUUUCUUGGCGCUUUCAGUUUAACAACCUCGUUGUCUAAAACCCUAACAUCUCCCCAUCAAAAUGUCGUGCAUUAACACUUGUUCUCCAAAGUCAUUUUGGAGUAUGGUCAUCAAACCGAAGAACAAGUAUUCGUUCACUGUUGAACGGUCUUUCCACAUUUCCAAAGCUGUUAUUGAUUUCUCGUCACGCCCUCGCGAUAAUUACGGGGUUUACCUUCAUUCCGCCAUGACAAGUCUAGUGGUGGACUGUGGGGAUCAAAAGGGAAUCAUCCUUUGCAAUCUUGGCAAUCAAGAAACCAAGAAAAUGCUGAGGCCAGAAGCUGACCUAGACGUACACUUUCAAACUGGGCAGGAAAUCACACUUUAUUCCGCCAAACUUCACCCCGACGAGUCCACUAAUAAUCUCUACCAAACGUUAACAAUCCAUUUGUCGGGUUAUGAGAUUACUCUCUAGCACGCUGCUG